AUGGCUGACAGCAGUGACACAGGUUCUUCGACUUCGGCGUUCGUUAUAACGCUGAUUGCCAACGGCCUCGUCGGCAUCACAUUUGUUUGGCUCUUCUUGCUACUACGGCCCAAGAAUAGAAGAGUGUACGAACCACGGUCGCUAAAGGACGUUCAGACCAUUCCAGAGGAAGAGAGAACAGACCCAGUGCCCGAGGGCUAUUUUGGGUGGGUCGAGUACCUGCUCUCUAAACCGCACUCAUUCCUUAUCCAGCACACAGGCGUGGACGGGUACUUUCUGAUUCGGUACAUCGGGAUCGUUGGCUCGCUUUCGUUUAUGGGCUGUUUGAUCAUUCUUCCCAUCUUGCUCCCUGUAAACGCGACCAGCGGCAACAACCUGAAAGGGUUUGACCUGCUGUCAUUUUCAAACGUCUCCAACAAGAACCGGUUUUACGCGCACGUCUUCCUCUCCUGGAUCUUCUUCGGCAUGUUCACGUACAUCAUCUACAAGGAGCUGUACUAUUACGUCGUGUUUAGACACGCCAUGCAGACCACCCCGCUAUACGAUGGGCUGCUUUCCUCUAGAACGGUCAUUAUCACUGAAUUGCACAAGGACAUCGCUCAAGAGGGGGAGAUGCAGAUGCGUUUCCCCAAGGCCUCUGACGUGGCCUUUGCGCAUGACCUGUCGGACUUGCAGGAGCUGUGCAAGGAAAGAGCCAAGAACGCCGCCAAGUACGAGGCCGCCUUGAAUAAAGUUCUGAACAAGUGCGUGAAAAUGACCAGAAACAAGACCCAGGAGCAGCUCGACAAGCUGUACAACAACGGUACCAAGCCAAAGGAGGACUUGGAGACCUAUGUACCCUACAAGAAACGGCCCAAGCAUCGUUUGGGGAAAUUGCCGCUUUGUCUGGGCGGCAAGAAGGUCAGUACGCUGUCGUACUCCAGUAAGAGGAUUGGCGAAUUAAACGACGAGAUUCACGAAAAACAGGCUGAUUGGGCCAGCAACGAUAGGCAACCUGCCUGCUUCAUCCAGUUCGAGUCCCAGUUGGAGGCGCAAAGAUGCUUCCAAUCCGUGGAAGCGAUACUAGGUACAACCCAUUUCGGUAAGUGUUUCAUUGGCCACUCCCCAGAAGACAUUAACUGGGACACGAUGCGUCUCAGUGGAAAGGAAAGACAUUCCAGAAGAGCUGUGGCAAAUACCAUCAUGGUCUUGCUCAUCAUAUUCUGGGCUAUCCCCGUUACCGUGGUUGGUGCCAUUUCCAACAUCAACUUCCUCACCGAUAAAGUCCCCUUCUUACAGUUCAUCAAUAAUAUGCCCGAUUUUUUGAUGGGCAUCAUUACCGGCUUGCUCCCCAUCAUUGCGCUAGCCAUCUUGAUGUCUUUGGUCCCCCCUUUUAUCUUAAAGCUGGGGAAAAUGAGCGGUUGCGUUACUGCGCAGGAAACUGAUCUGUAUUGCCAAGCUUGGUACUAUGCAUUUUCAGUCGUCGAAAUUUUCUUAGUCGUCACCGCCGCUUCUUCCGCAUCCUCCACCGUUGACUCGAUCAUUGACGAUCCGAGCUCCGCCAUGACGCUGCUGGCAAGCAACUUGCCCAAGGCAUCCAAUUUCUACAUCAUGUAUUUUCUAUUGAAGGGUCUAACAGGCCCCACAUGGUCGAUUUUGCAGGCGGCUAACCUGGUGCUAAGCAAAUUUUUGGGCAGAUUUUUGGAUUCCACCCCAAGACAAAAAUGGAAACGCUACAAUACACUCUCCAUUCCUCGUAUGGGUGUUGUCUACCCCGGUAUUGAGGUCCUGGUAUGUAUUUACAUCUGUUACUCGAUCAUUGCUCCUAUACUGUUGUUUUUCAGUACGGUGAUGCUGUCUUUAAUCUACGUCGUCUACUUGUACAACCUAAACUAUGUUUUUGGGUUCUCCUUCGAUCUAAAGGGACGUAAUUAUCCGAGAGCGCUUUUCCAGAUUUUUGUGGGGAUUUACUUGAGUGAAGUAUGUUUGCUCGGGUUGUUUAUCAUGGCUAAAACCUGGGGCCCUCUGGUGCUGGAAGUGGUUUGGAUUGUAGUUACUGCCCUGGCUCACAUUUACAUGAAAAGGAAAUUCAUGCCGUUAUUAGAUGCGGUUCCCCUGAGCGCCAUCAGAUACGCAAGAGGCGAAUCUGGUUAUUCUUACCCCACGUCAGACCUUGGUUCCCAAGAAAUAAGGGAUAUCGCGGAGGAAAUGAAGGGUAAGUAUGAAAGCGACAAUACUCACGGGAUUUUAACUCCCGUUACCAGGGACGAUUUGAAGAAAGCCGAUCUAAUACCUGACAACAAUAAUACUCCGGAGAACAAUGGGCUAGUUAACCCAUUUGAAUCUAGCUCUGAACGUACUUCGUCCUACCGAUCCAACGGGGACGGUGAUUCAAUGAAGAAAAUGAAUGAGCCAGUUAUCAAAAAAUCAAGCACCCUUUCCUCUUCCGCCAAGAAUAGGGAUAACAACGCUGCUGGCAACGAAUCUACCUUUGUUCCAGAGAAUGAUAAAUUCCGCAAGUUCCAUUACAGCGAUGUAGAGGCACUAAGAAACAAACGCCCUUAUGGCGAUGAUGAUCACGAACAACAUGGACCCGAAGGUGCCCUACCAGUUAAUGCGGACUCGGGAGUCAUCUACAGCAACCCGGCAGCAGUGAUGAAAGAACCGCAGGCAUUCCCACCGGACGUUUUGGAAACCAACACAUGGUCGCAAAGAAUUUUACAAUUUUUCAGUCCAAGAAAAUCGUACCCGUUUGACGAGGUCAGAACGAGGUUCCCAUAUGUUUUCAACACCAGUAUUGAAUAUGAUGAAGAAUACUUGAACGCCGCAUAUACCGAUCCUUGUGUCAGAGAAAAAGAUCCUAUAGUGUGGUGCUGUAAGGACCCAUUGGGUGUUUCCAAACAGCAAAUUCAAGAAGCGAGGUCCAAUGGUUUGGAUGUAAGUGAUGAUUUCACAAGGUAUGAUGAAAAAGGUAAAGUCAUUUUUACUUACAACCCCCCCGAUUACGAGCCAGAGGUUAAAAAGUGA